AUGGCUCAGAUCCAGGUCCAGCGUCCAGUCGAACCAGCCAUGUCGUCGUCUGCACCCAAGCUCAUCUCCUCCCAACCACCACCACCCUCCGAGGCGCCAGCACCGGCCAACGCUGCCAACCCCCGCGACCUGGUGGGCAACUCCGGGCCCGUAAGCCAAAAUGGCUGCUUCGAGACGGAUCGAGUCCUCAAGAGUGGCCAUGUCCUACGACGUACGCGAAAGACUAGGGCCUGGAAAUCAAUCUACCUCGUCCUCCGUCCCGACCGACUCUCGAUAUACAAGACGGACAAGGAGGACAAGCUCCGCCACCAAAUCUACCUAUCUGACCUGACGGCCGUCGCCUUCCUCAAGGACCCUAAACAGAAGCGCCAAAACAUGUUUGGCCUCUUCUCCCCCUCGCGCAACUACCAUCUCCAGGCCAACUCCGCCCAAGACGUCAGGUCGUGGGUCGACCUGAUCCGCCGCGAGGCUCGUAUAGAGGAGGAAGAGGAGGAAAUGUUCCUGGCGGGUCCCGCAUCGGGGUCCCGUACGUCUAGCGGAGGGCUGGCCGAGGGUCUAUCCAGCUCCCCCGAGGCCGCUCACGCCGGCGCCCUGCCCGCACCGCCAGCCGGCUGGCGCAGGUCGACGCAUUUCGAGUCAUCCGGCCUGUCGGGCAACGAGCUCAUGUCCCACUCGGACAUGUCGGACAGCGAGCAGCGCGGCGGGGCCCCCGGCGCAUCCCGGGAGAGCCUAACGCUGGGGGGCGCGCAGAAGCAGCAGCGGUCGACGGCCGUGGAGCAGUGGAGCGCGAUGGCGGCGACCAACAACUUCGAAAACGACCCGGACCGCAUCAUCUGGCACGGCUGGCUGUAUAUGGUGCGGCCUAAGGGCGCGGUGCGCAAGUGGCGGCACCUGUGGGCGGUACUGCGGCCACGUAACCUGAUCCUCUACAAGGACGAGUCCGAAUACACGGCCCAGCACAUCAUCGACCUCUCGGCCAUUGUCAACGUUGUCGACAUCGACCCCGUCAGCCGCAGCAAGGCUCACUGCCUGCAGAUCAUCACCGAGGAGAAGAGCCACCGGCUUGCCAUGCACGACGAGGAGUCGUUGGUCCAGUGCAUCGGUGCCUUCAAGAGCCUCCUCGCCAAGAGGAGGGAGCUAGAGGCCAGAGCUGCCGCCUCUGCUAAUCCUUAG